AAUCGAAAAAAUAUCUCGAAAUUAACAUAAAAAAAUACGCGGGACUGUAAAUAAGCAGAAGUGAGUGAGUGCAUAAUCAGGAAAAUACAAACACACAUACAAACACAUGAAAGACAAUAACAAAGUGCAAAAAGUGUCCAUUAAAAAAAUAAAUACUGCUUGUUAGUGUUGUGCGUGUGCAUGUGUAUUUGUGCGGUGUUUUCAACAAUUCAACAAGUACUGCAGAAAUUACAAUAAAGUGAAAUACUAAGUGCAGUUAGCAAGUAGAAGAUCGGCUGAAACAGAAAUGAACAGCGUUGACGGCGCACCCAAUGCCACGACUUUAGCUGAGGGUGCCCCAACGAGCGCGACGGCAACGCCAAGCGUAACCACAAAAACAAAAAAUACAAGCACAAAAACUACAACGCCAACAACAACAACAGCAACAACAACUGCUGCUGCUACAACUACUGUGCGCGUUAAAACAACAGAUUCGUCGACAACAACGGCAACGUCAAACGUAAUAAAGCCAACGGCCGCUGAUGCCACCGAUGAAUUCCACGAAAGCGACAAAAAUGUACGCCGCAUUGUUGUCGAUGAGCAGCAGCAACCAGAACAAAAACAAAUACAGCGUAAUGAAGCGCCAAUAAAGCAAAUAAUAAUAACAAAAAGCAUAAGAGCAACAACAACAGCAACAACGACGAACGGCGUAGCAGUAACUGCAACAACUACAAUGGGCAAUACUAAUAAAACCAACAUUGACACAACAGACAAGACUACAGACGCAGAAACAACAACAACAACAAAAAUAACAGCGUCAGCAACAACAAUUGAGACAACAAAAAGCAUUCAAGAUGCGGAGAAUAACGACGUUCCAAUGACAGAUAUGGCAACCGCAGAGGGCAAUCGCGACGGCGAUGGUGUGGAUGACGGCGGUGGCGGCGGUGGCGACGACGACGGCGACGACGGUGGGAAUGCCACUGCCACCAACAGCACUACUAGAACAACGACCACACUGUCCACCGCAACCGCCGUCAUUGAUAACAUAACGACGCUGGCUAAGCCACAGCCAUUAUUGACGGCGGAAGGCGAUAAUUGCGAACUCAAUGAGUUGGAAUUGUGUCGCUGUUGUGGCAAGCCCAAUGUCACGCUCUAUGAUCUCUUCCCCAACAUGCCAGCCGACAAUGCAAAUACAUUACUGGAGGGCGAUACAAAUGUAGACGCCAUUGCAGCAAAUAUUGAGACAACAGUUGAUGUGAAUCAAGCGACAGCGUGCGAUAUUGCCGCGAAUGUUGCCAAAAAUGGAGCACAAAUGAAUAAUAAUAAGCCGGUCGUUGACACAACCAGUGUUGCAACGAAGACCGAUGACAAUGCAGAGACAAAUACACCGAAGCGUUGUUAUCGCACUAUUGCCGCAUCUAUUGCUGCGGCAGCCGCCGGCAGCAGCACAACGACUGGUUCGUGCAGUGCCGGCGCUCCCACCUGCCAAAAAACCAAUGACCCAGUUGUUGGCACCGCCAUCAACAGUGAUGUUGUUGCUGCUGAUCGCGGCGCUGAGGUCGCGCCAUCGAUGCCAACAACAAGUGCUGCGCGUGUGAAACAAUCUGCAACAGUUGCCGCGCCGGCAAACGUGAAAAAUGCGGACGAUGCGACCAACAAUGCAGAGGCACAGAACGCCAAUGCCCAGGGACAAAGCAGCGACAACAUGGAGAAUAUUUUGCAAGAGAUGCAAAUUUGGCGACUACGGAUAAAAUCCAAUGAUGGACUGCCACAGCGUAUCUGCUCGAAAUGUAGCGCGCAAUUCUACAUUAUCCACAAGUUUCGUCGUAAAUGCCUCAAGGUACAAAUCAGAUUGCGUUCGCUUUUCGACAAAACCCAGUGUUGGGAAUAUGAAGAGCUGUUGGCGCGAGUGGCGGCCGAGCAAACGGAGGAACAGCCGACCGCGCUGCCUCCGCAGACGAAAUCGAAGCCAAAUAAUUGCCAAAGCCGGCGCAACCAGGAGACGCAAACCACAGACGAGCUGGAGACCGCGUUGAGCGUGAAUCUGCCACCGGUGUUGGACAUUGGCAACGAUUUAAUUAACGAUAACUACAGCAAAUCUCCGCGUACGGGGCUGGAACUCAACGUUAAUGCGGCCAAUGCUGCCAAACCCGGCCAUACCGGCAAUGCGGCUAAUAAUACGACGACGAGUCUGAGCGGUAAUGGCAACAGCAGUGAGACGUUCAAGUUGUCUGCUGCAGAGAAGACAGCAAUCGCCGCAACAACUACAGCAACAACCACAAUAGCUACGGUACGAACGUCCUCCCCUUGCGCGAUACAAAAGCCAUUACUGGGCGUUGAACCAACAAAGCCCAAAACGAAAGUGCCAAACAAUGAUUUGACGACGUUGGAUGUUGAAGCGGCUCUGGGACGUGAUGUAAAUAGGCGGCGUGGCGGUCGAAGCGUCGAUCAAGAGUCACUGCUGGCAACGCAUAUUAUUUUUAAGCCCACAACGGCGGCGGAACGUACAAAAGCCAACAAGAGAACAGCCUCACCAACAAAUCCAACGGCUGUGUUGAUGCGAACGCGAUCGGCGCGCAAAAGGCCGAUUAGUUGCCAGCAAGCAAGCAAUGAGGAUGAAUUAUCCUUGGCCGCACGGUUGAAAGAUGAGGCGCGAGCAGAUGAUUGUCUUGCCGCUGUUAAUGACGUUGAUGAUGAUGAUGACGAUGAGGUGAAAAAUGAGGCAUUGGCGCGGACAGACGACGAAAUGCCGACCGACGCCGACCAGUCUGUGGAGGCCAUAGCCAAAACGGCGUCGCUAUGCGCGUCUCCAACUCCAUCUCCGACGUACUCGAGCGGCGAGCCAAAGCAUGCCGAAAAUUGUGUGCAACGCGAGAAACGUGCAAGGGAGCGGGAACGGAUACGAGACGAUGUUGGCGAAUGUGUACGCGAAGGAGAACGAGAAACAGAAGCGGAAAUCGCGUCAGCAGCAGUAUUUAUGGAUACGCGACACGCCCACUCGUACACAUCGACGACUAAAGGGGUGAUAGAGACGGAGGCGGUGGCGGCGAUCUCAUGUGAUGCGGACACGUUAAUAGCGCGUUGUGGCGGUGAUUGCGGCGGCAAUGUUGUUAAAGCUAUCACAGAUGAGCCUCUGACUGAAAUUUCGAGUUCAACGCGGCACAACAAGGUAGACGACGACCACGUCGUCGAUUUGUUACAACCAGCUGUUGUUGUUAACACUGCUGAGGCAACACCAAUGGACGUCGACACAUCGUCGGUGCAACAGAAACCGAUUAGCGGUCAAGCGGUCACAAAAACACCAACAAUUGCUAAUAAUGCCGAAACGAGCGCGACUACAGCGGCGGCGGCAGCGGUGGCGGUGGCGGUGACGGCGGCGGUAGAGUUAACUAAAGCACCGACGAAUGAUGUACAAAGCAGUAAACAAACAGUGGAAGCGUCCGAGAUUAGUAAUUUGCCAAUUUUGCCGGCAACAACGACGAAUACGACGACGUGCAACAACGAGGCUGUGAAAGAUGGUGCGGCUGCUUUGCAGAUAAUUGCCAGUGAAACUGAUGCAAGCAAGGCGGCGACGUCGGCGGUAGUUGGGGCUAAUAAUAAGGGAGUUGCUGGCAACACUUUAAAUUCAAGCUUGAAUCGCACUUCGAGUCUGAGUAAUGUACAGGACGACGGCUGCGGUGUUGGCGGUAAGCAUCAUUUGCAAACUGAUGAACGUUUGGCUGCUGAAAAUGUGUCUGUUACCGUAGACGGUGAUGGUAAUGGUGAUGAUGAAGGCGUUGAAACGCUAAUGGCAACAGUUGAACAGCCAAGACCAACAACAGCUGAGCACAAAGACAACAUUGAAACUAUUACCACUGUGUUCUCAGCAGAAACCGAACUACUAGAAACCGCAACCGCAAUAGAUCCCAACUCCGAGAGCGCGGUAUCCGCUUUCAUAACGAAAGCUGCGCUUAAAGCUUACAGCACCUCGCCGAAAUGUCGUUCGCUCGCACGUCGCCAUAUGCAGCACAAGCUGCGACGUACGCUGAAGGGACCCAUCGUCCACUUGCUCGCCAACUCGCCUGCCUCUACAUCGGCCGCCGCGGCGGCUUUCACCGCUAUACAUUACAAGAAGAAGCAAGUACGACGUAGCCUUACAAAACUAACGUCUGAGCGCGCGACCGCUCUGCUCGAUGAUGAGGCAACCACAGUGGCGACGGCCAGCAACGAUAUUGACACUAGUAGUAUAGCGGAAGGCGCUGACUCUAUGACGCUACCAACACAACCAACAUUCUCCUAUUAUGCGACAGCGCGUCGUGGUCGUCGACGACUUAAAUGGCGUGCACGCUCUCGCCACCCUUGUUUCGAUAAACACUCACGCACAGAGAGUGCGUCAACCGAUUGUGUUGUUGACGUAGAUAAGGCUGAGUCGGUGACACGGCUACCCUCAUGUUUUGUACGCUUACGGCGCUUAGAAGCCACUGAGUUGUAUGAAGAGGUGACAAAGUCUAUGACGGCAUCAGCCGCAACAUUUGCAAUGCAACACACGAACGAAACAGAUGUUCACACAGAUCCGCUAAUAGACAAAGAAUACAUAGCAUUAAAAGUCACGGACGCAACUGAAGACGUGUCCAAUGCACGCUUAGUGCUCAAACGUAAACUAGCAGCCGAUGAAAGCGAAGGCUCACAAUCUACGCGCUCACCUUGGCGCACCAAAGCCGAAAUGAAGGAAAGCCUACAGAAAGAAACUUCUAUGGAUAUUGUGGAAGAUCAACUACUACCGCCCACACCAAGCGAACCAACACCGUUUGUGAUGCCCACCGAAACCCAAAAGACUGAUUUAUACCUAACUGAGACGGCUUACAGCACAGAUGGAGAUAGUAACACGACAACCGCAGGCGGAAUUUGCAUAGAGCGACGCAGCAAACGUAUUAAGAAGCGACGAAAAUUAUUAGAGGAAACGAAACGACGUGACAAUGCCACCGACGGCAAAGUGAUGCCCAUUAUUUUGAAGUUAGUCCAAGAGAAACUUCCGGAAGCGUGUGACUCGUGCGCCACCAAACAAACUUCUGAUAAAACAAGCCUUACGCCGAAUUCUCAAUGCGCUUUGCCACGCCCACUGACAGCAGCGCGUUAUCAUGUCGUUGGCAGCUUGUCCAAGCCACAGAAUGUAGAGGUACCGAGCAGUGAAUCUCAAAAGCGACGUCGCUUCCGUCCAAAACGCUCGUGCUGUCGCGAAAACUGCAACUUGACUGAUGACGCAGCCACAACGGAGGACGAGCACGCGCCAAAUGUGAUACACAAACCAGACAACACCACCCUACCGCCACAACUUAUCAGCCAAAAUAAGGGCAAAAUGGUAAUAGAUAAUGUAAAUAUAUUGAACGUCAAUACUUGUGGUGAGUCCACCAAAGAAAAUUGUGAUAAGAAUAAGAAGAGCGUCGCAAUGACCUCUACAUCUGGCACGUCGGUCGGCUCAAGCUCGGGCAUGACUUUGCCCAGCCAAAUAGUGUCUUUCCCACCCGUUUUACCAGCGCUCACAUUAACUCAAAGUGAACCAGUGAAUACCGCUGAAGCCUCAACUACUGAUAAGCCGUCAAUUUCUGCCGUUAAGUUGACGCCAACUAAAGCUGCGCCUGCCACCUCAAUGUCUCUAAAGACCUUUUCUACACUUAUGUCCAACACAACAAAGUCUUCGUUAUUUACCUCUCCAGUGAAAUCGGAUAUUAUAGAGUCACCCACAAAAUCUUCAUCGUCACCUGUGAUGGCAAAGACGACAACGCUCACAACGCCAACAUCAGCUUCAAGCGCUAACACCCAGCCAGUGUCCGUUCUCUUACGUAAUCAGCUAAUAGUGCGCGUACCGCUCUCUAUACUUUCUGCCGAUUUCCAAAAGAAAUUCCUGAAAACAUCAAACGUGCAGAAAACACCAAUCAAAGCGACCUUAUCCGACACCGCAACGGCAACUGAGACGUCUAAAGUGUCAGCUUUGACAGAAAAACUGACGACGAGUUCCCAAGAGACAGAGAAGGCAGAAACAGCUGAGCUCGGCCAUAAAAAAGUUGAUGCCAGAGAGCCUGCACAAGCCAAGGAAAAUAAUAACAUGCACAGUAAUAGAGAUGGUGUGUCUGAAGGUUCCAUAACAUCGACUGAACUACCGCAUGCCAGCCACAUGCAGUCAGCUAACGAAGGCCAAAUUUCGAAAGUUAACGCACAAGCAGCGCAGUUCCAAGCCGAUGCCACUAAGGCACAACUUAUGCCUUACAGCGGCUAUGCUUGCGGCAGCAGCCAGUACGAGAGCGAGCAAAGUGAUUUUAUGGGUUUCAGCGACGGUACUGGGUCAAGUCCGAAUCGGCGCGUAGAAUGUCUAUCGAACAACAAUGCUUUAUAUUCGAGCUGCGCCGUACCAACAAUUUCAACACAGACCCCAGCGUCCACGGAAACUUUGACUGAUGCAAAAUUGCAUGAAUUCAUAAGUGAAUUCGCGCCUGAGUUCGCUGAUGAGUCCGAAGCGCCGCAAGCCAACGAAUUGCAAGCCACCUUGCCAGCCGGCGAAGUGACCGCUGCAUUACUCGCUGAAGCUGAGGCCGAGACAGUUGCAACACAGCAACAUACACAGCUGCUAAGCGAAACGAACUUGAGUGAGAUGCAGGAUGUGGAGAACACACUAAGUGGUAUACUUAACGAAAUGCAGGAUCAACACAUUUACACGCCAGUCUCGUCCAGUGCCGAUGACUUUUUCGCACAAUCCGUGUACUCGCCACUCUCCGAGCCACCAACCACGCCUACACACAGCAUGUACGCCGAAAGUCCGCUCGGAGGCGUCGGCAGUGUGGGCAGCAGCAGCAUGGCCGGCGGUGGUGGCAGCUUGUCGGUGGCCUCCAGCCCUUACGUCCAACACAUGCAUAUGGAACCGGCAAGCGUAAGCAGUGGACAAAUGUCAGAGCCAUCACCACUAUCGGCGCCGAUGUCCGUCGGUCCACCGACACAUCAGCAGCAGUCGACGAAGCAAGCGCAGGGUGCCGCUGCUGGUUAUGGCAAGCAAUAUGGCAAUAAAUACGGUGAAUGCUUCACGGAAGACAGUACACAGUCGGAGUUGAUCGGCUUCCAAAAUGAUAUACCCUGCUUUGAGAACAUUGAGUUGGUGGGAGCAGCUGCCAACAAUGCGUCAGCUAGUCCGGCAAGCAGCCAAAAUGAGCAAAGCCCGCGUGACUUAGAGAUGCACGCAUUAGCGGCGGUGUCUCUUGAGGAGGCGACUAAUUGCAAGGUGGGCGUUGCAAAGGCGGAUACUCUACAGUAUAUGGGCACUGACAUGAACGCCUGCGUCAACGAGACUAACAACGGUGUGCAGGUGCAUGCGCCUGCAACGGACUUACCCGCGGAGUGUGGUGCAGACGAUGGCUCUACGAAGGAGUAUUCAGUAGAUAGCGCGGCGUUCGCGCAGCUGCUGAAUGACAUCCAGGAGACAGAGCGAGUGGUGGAGCAACGUGCGCGCGCGCAGGCGCAAGAGGAUAAAGCGCAGGAUGCAGCGGUGCAGAAGAAACAGCAACACCGACGGCAGCAGCAACAUGUAGUACCGCAACCGCAACAACAACAACAACACCAGCAUGCGUUGCAGCAGCAAAUGCUGCCAGCAGAUGGUGCGCCGUCGCAGCAACUAAUUCAACAACGACAAAUGGCGCAACAACAACAGCUGCCGCAGGCUGAGCUACUCCUGCAACAGCAACGUGAGGAAGAGUUACUCAAACAACAGCAGCUGCUGCAGCAACAGCAGCAACAACAAGAGCAUCUGAUGCAGCAGAAAUUGUUGGAGCAACAACAACAGGAACAGCUAAUGCAGCAACAAUUGUUGGAGCAACAACGGCGACACCAACAGCAGCAGCAGCAACAACAGCUGUUGGAACAACAACGUGAACGGCAGCGACAACAGCAACAACAACAGCAGGCGUUGGAGCAGCAACGCAAACAACAACAACAGCAACAGCAGCAACGUACACAAAUCAUUCACCAAACUGUGCUUGCCACGCCCAAGCAACAACACGCACAAGCUCACGCGCACACACAAGCCGGCCAACAACAGAAACAACACUACAUCACCUUGCCGCCCAGCUGCGCUUACGAGGCGGCGCAACUGCAACUGGCACAAGCGGCCAACGCCAUACAGCCAAUACAAAAUCUGGGCGUUGGUGUGAACCUGUACGCCCACGGCCUCGGCAGCGGACAAGAAAUCCAAUGGGCGUCCAGCGCCGAUCUCACGGGCCUCUCGCCGGCCAUCAUCGAGGCGCCAGCCGCCGGCGGUGGCACCACCACCUACUACAUUAGCGCCAGCGAUUUGUAUCAGCCCAAUUUGAUUGCCACCACCGGUAUGUCGCCGCAUUUGGCUGGUACAGCGCAGCAACAUGGCCAUCACCACCAACAACAGCAACAGCAUCGCCAUGCAAUCGAGUUGAACAAAUCAUCGGUGGUCGAUGCGAACGAGAAUUAUAUUGAAGGCGCUGCCUCCGCAGUACAGCAGCGACCAUCAUGCCAACAACAAGCACAACAGCAGCAACAAAUAAUGAUUGUGAUACCGCAAGAUUACGGCAAACCCGGCAGUAGCGGCGCCACCCCACAAUUGUACGCCACAACCGCCGGCACACCUGAGCCGGCGACCACAUAUCAAUUGUCGCAGGCGCCACAAGCUGUCAUCAUGCAACCACAAAUGACGGGACAACCGCUGCCACACAUGUCAACGGUACAGGUGAACGGCAUCAAUUUGAAUCCACAAUUUAUCGCUUCACCUACAGUGAAUUCGGCUCAACGCACUAUGCAUCAGACGCCGCCUCCGCGCCACAUGCAACACUAUCAGUUGCACAACGCCACACCACCGCCACACUCAGCCGCCGCGCAGGUUGCCAAUCGGCCGCCGCGCUGCGCUUCAACACCCUCUGCAUCGCACUACCAACAACGACAACAACAUCCGUCACAACAACAAAUACAACUGCAAGCAGUGCACGGCACGCCGCAAGUACGCAUGUUGCAGCACACGCGCGCACGUCAACCCGCCAUGCAGCAACUACAAUUGAUCCAACCGCAUCCGCAACCGCAAACAGCAAAACCAAUUGCCACAAUCGCAGCUAAACCAAGCAAUGCCGGCAACGCUGGCACAUCCUCGCAAAAAGUCAAUUUGGUUUGUCGCUUCUGUCACAAACGCCCCAAGUUUACCAGCAAUCUCGACUAUAGCAAUCACAUUAUUGCCAUGCAUCCGGUGGAGACGCCAUUCAAUUGUCCCCACUGCCCGAUGCAUUUCACGCGACGCGUAAAACGUCAACAACACAUUGUCGAAGAGCACGGCGCACAGCGCUUCCAAUGCGCCCAAUGCGGCCAAAGUUUCUGCACGCAACGCGCACUCGAUCAGCACUUGCAACGCGCCCAUGCAUUGGAGCCAACGCAGCCACUGCAAACGCAAGCAUCAAAACAAUCGCCCGCACAGGCACAGGCGGGCGGUGCACAGCAACAUGUGUCGCGGCAGCAAACACAAAAUUUGGCGACCGCACAGCCGACGGCAACGCAUCAAAUGCAACAAUCAUCACAGCGGCGCAAAUGUUUCCUGCAACAGCGUCCUACGUGGCUGGAGAGUCGCCAUCGCAACGCAGCAAUGGCCUCGGCAGCAGCAGCCGCCGCCGCGUCCACCAAUUCGCAAACGUCGAUGGUGCGUGUCGAGGAUGUGCAUCUGCAAGUGUGCGACGAUGCGGCUAAAGGCAAGAAACCCAUUGAUUUGCAACUGGACACCACGCAAUUGAGUGCCGAGUCUACAACUACAACUACAAUAACACACAAGCCGUCCGGCGGCAUGCACACGCCAUCGCCCAGCUCAAGCGGCGGCAAGCCACAACGCAUACUCUGCUGUCCCGACUGCGAUGACCCUUUCAAUGAAGACCAUGCGCAUGCGCAACCAUGCGCAGCACCGCAGCAGCAGCAACAGCAACAACACGAACUGCAAGCGCAAAUGCAAAACCAACAGCAGCAGCAACAACAACAACACGGUGACUUCCUCCAACAAUUAGAGGACGAAAGUGCAUUUGAGGAAGAACAACAACAGCAAAGUGACGAACAAUCACUGCAACACCGCGCCAAGCGCGCACACAUCACGCUGCCCUCACCCGAGCAAACGGAACCCGACAGCACUUCCACCAACACCGGAACACUGCGACAUUUUCGCAAGCGACGCGCCAGCGCCAAAUUGGCUGGCAUGCCGCUCCAGCAGCCAACUGGUAGUGUUGGCGGCGGUGCCGGUGCCGGCAAUGCCAAUGCGGCCGCUGCGCUAAUGGCGGACAAUGCGAACGCCAGCGAAGAUGAAUUGCUGCUAAUGGAACGCGUCUUGCGCACCAGUCAUAAUUGUCUCUUCUGCGAUGCACGCUUCACCAAUGACAUUGCGUUGCGCAAACAUCAUCAGCUGGCGCACAGCAAUCAAGCCUCCAUGCCGUUUGUUUGUUCGAUCUGUAAGCGCGGUUUUCGCAUGCGCUCCGCCCUCCAUCGUCACAUGGAGACACACGAUAGCGAGGGGCGACCAUACGAGUGUACGCUGUGUCAUGUGCGCUUCCCGCGCCCCUCCCAGCUGACGUUGCACAAAUUGACGGUGCAUUUUCUGCGCAAACCGCAUGCCUGCGAUGUGUGUGGCAAGCAAUUUGGCACGGAGAGCGCACUUAAGACGCAUAACAAAUUUCAUGCAGCGCACAUGGAGAGCCAUAUGCCUUUGGGCGUUUUUAUGUCCGACGGUGCCGUCCAGCUGCCAGCCGGCGUUGACACCGAACACCAACAGCCAGUGUCCGACUAUAACGACGAAGAGGAUGAGGAGGCGCAUGAAGAGGAGAUUGUGUUGGAGCAGCAGCAGCAGCAGUCGCAAAUGGAAAUCGAACAACCACAAGCGCAAGCGAUACGCGAACAGCAAGAGCUGGAGCAGCUGCUUGAAGAUGAUCAGGAGGAACAAGACAUACAGGAAGCACAUACAGCUGAAGCACAUGGUGAAGUUGAUGAUGAAAUGGCCGGCACGCCAAUGGCGGUGGAUAGUGUUGUUGAGCAGCAUGAGCAACAAGUGUUGGCUGAGCACGAGGCGACAGUGGGCAAUGAGUCAACACAACAACAACAGCAACAAAAUGCUGAUGACUGUAUGUUUGCGGCCAGCUGUAGUCCCAGCACCACCACCGGCGCCAGUCCGUAUGCCUUUGCGGCAGAUGCCAGCAGUCACUUAAACCAUUCCGAUAUAAGCACCACCAGCAACACUGGCGCACAAGCCAACAACAGCACCGCAAACAGCAGUUGCAUUGAAGGGGCUAACGGUUGCAGCAGUAGCGCUAAAUAGUCUCCGGCCAUUGCGUACAUUGUAGGCCAACAGCCACCGACGAUUGUGCUCUACUAUUGUGCGGACAAAUAACAGGCGAUGGUGGCGGCGGGAAAGGUGGAGAUUGAGGGUGAGGCGUUGAAACAUCAAGCAAUAUGCCACUGCUAGCAGGCGCAACUGUAUAGCAGCGCGGGAGUGCUGGAAUGAGCACUUAAAUACGUCCUAUCACUCGCUGUCAGCCCUACAACAAAAAGAACAGUUAUUGUAGUAUCAACUCUGACCUAAAUUGAGUUUUACACAAUGCCAUUAAAUGUUCACAUUUUCAGUUUGCUUAAUUUGGACUUGCGCUGGCGAGCUUUUUCCUACUUUUAUUGCUAAAAAAUCAUUUAAUUCAUGUGAAUUUGAGAUAUUUGAAAUUUUACUGAGGCAUGUAUGAAUAUAUGCGCUACUGAGUCAAAAAAAAUUACUUAAUUUCAAUUUUAUAAUUGCAACUGUUUUAAGUGGCUCAUUUGUAGCAUUACUUAAA